UGGCGUAAACCUAUGUUUCUAUAGUCAACAAACAUAACCAAAACAUUUUAAUCAUAUUUUUACAUAAAAUUGUUCACACUAAAGAGUGUUUUUAAUUAAUUUUAUUCAUACGAGCAAACAAGAUCAAUCAUCAUGGGAGACCAAAAUCUCUUGGAUAAGUCUAUGAGAUCGGUGUUUGUUGGAAACAUUCCUUAUGAAGCUACGGAGGAAAAACUCAAAGAUAUUUUUAAUGAAGUUGGACCAGUUCUCUCAUUCAAGCUGGUGUUUGAUAGAGAGACAGGGAAGCCCAAAGGUUAUGGAUUCUGUGAGUAUAAGGAUCAAGAGACUGCCCUCAGUGCUAUGCGAAACUUGAACGGUUAUGAGAUUGGUGGAAGGAUGUUACGUGUGGAUAAUGCUUGCACUGAAAAAUCUCGUCUUGAAAUGCAGAGUUUGCUGCAAGGACCAGUUGUGGAGAACCAGUAUGGAGAGUCUGUAAGUCCCGAAAAAGCUCCUGAGGCCAUCAGUAAAGCUGUAGCAUCACUGCCUCCAGAACAGAUGUUUGAACUCAUGAGGCAGAUGAAGCUGUGUGUACAGAACAACCCAACAGAAGCGAGACAGAUGCUUCUCCAGAAUCCACAGUUGGCUUACGCUCUGCUCCAGGCUCAGGUGGUCAUGAGGAUUGUGGACCCACAGGCUGCAGUGGCUAUGCUCCAGAAGGCUAAUAAAAACAUGCAGCCACUAUUGACGGGAGAUUCUGGCCGCCCUGCCCCAGUCCCAGCGCCACAGCCCCGACCUGAGUACACUCCGGCACCUGAGACACACUGGGCACCUCCAGCUGCGCCACCUCCACUGCCACCUCAGGUGCCGCCGCAGAUACCACCGCAUGUGCCUCAGAUGCCUGCCAUGCCUCCACAACAGUUUGGUGGAUCUGGAGAUCUGGAUAUGAGAGCCAUGGACCCGCGUAUGGCUCGUAGUAUGGGAGACCAAGACUUGCGGAUGCCUCCUCAGCAAUACCCUCCCCCACCUCCACCCGACCAUUUUGCCCGAGACCCCAGAGGAGGAAUGGGUGAACGCUUCCAGAGAGAUCCCCGAGCAAAUGUGCCGCCGCCAGGUAUGCCCCCACCAGGUAUGCCGCCAGGUGUACCCCGCCCUGUGAUGCCCCCGGGACCUGUACCACAGCCAGUGUCUGCCCCCAACCUCGGCCCCCGUGGACCUCUAGCAGCCAACAUCGGCGGAGCUGCCACCGAUCAGGAGAAGGCCGCACUUAUCAUGCAAGUACUGCAGUUGUCAGACGACCAGAUUGCAAUGUUACCUCCUGAACAGAGGCAGAGCAUCCUGGUGUUGAAAGAGCAGAUUGCAAAGAGUACUCAGCGUUGAAUGUUUUGUUUUAUCUAUGGGAAGUCUAAAAAUGAGUACAGUAAUAAAACAUGUCUGUAUGUGUCUCAUUAA